GUUCCUUGACAAGGACCAAAGUGGCCCCACUAGCCCACAUCCUACGGGACACUUCGCCAAAAUAUCUACAAACCCAAGCUACCAACCUAAUAAUCACCAACUUGACAUACUUCCGCAGCCUAUCUUACUAACUUGUACUUACUUGUUUCAAUACUACCUCGCAUCGCAUGAAAUACAAGACUAAUAAUAGGCAUGGAUUUUCUUAAAUCGGCGGUAGCAUCUGCCAUCGCCCAAGGGCCUCCCUUCCCCUAUUCCUUCGGCGACAAGGUCGACAUCGACGCAUCUAUCUGGACCUUGUAUAACGGCACCAGACGAGCCGACGGAUCGAAUUGUAGCAUAUUUUCUUUCGACAUAACCGCGAACAAGGCGCGACUCCCCCUCGCGAAGAAUGCGCUCAAGAAACUGCGCACGAUGAGACAUCCGGGUGUUAUCAGGGUGUUGGAUACAGUCGAGACGGAUACCUACAUAUAUAUCGCGACGGAAAGAGUAGUACCCCUAAGAUGGCACGUUAAGAGGAAGAGUCUAAGUCCUGAGACGAUCAAAUGGGGGUUGUACAGCAUCGCGAGUACGAUUAAAUUUAUUAAUGACGAGGGUUCGUCUAUCCACGGCAGUUUGCGCGUCGCAUCCAUAUAUACGUCCGAGAGCGGGGAAUGGAAGUUGGGCGGGUUCGAGGUACUCAGUAAUGUCAAGGACGACGAGGCCGUGAUAUACACAUACGGAAGUUUGGUGCCCGAUUCGGCGAGAUAUACGCCUCCAGAGCUCGCGCGGUCGGGUUGGGAUGCUAUUAAGAAAAGUCCGCAUUCAGCGGUGGAUGCUUACAACUUUGGGGCAACCAUAUUCGAGGUUUUCAACGGUGAUUUUUUGGGCGGGGAUCAGGCUGGGCAGACGAAAGGGAUCCCGCCAAGCAUGCAUGCAGGUUACAAGAGGCUUGUGAAUGCGAACCCGAAAGCAAGAAUAACCGUAGGAGCUUUUCUGGAGCAGGGUCGCCGUUCAGGCAGUUUCUUCGAUUCGCCCCUAAUUAAAUUGACCGAGGGAAUUGAUAAUCUAGGAGUCAAGUCCGAAACCGAGAAGGAAGAAUUUUUGGAUGAUCUGGACCAACUCACCGACGAUUUCCCCGAAGAUUUCUUUAAGAUGAAAGUGUUACCCGAAUUAUUAAAGUCGGUAGAAUUUGGAGGUGGUGGACCAAAGGCCUUCGGUGUCGUUAUGAAGAUCUCCGCGAAGCUAUCAAACGAGGAUUUCGAAGCCCGAGUUCAACCCGUUGUUAUUAGAUUAUUUGGAAAUCCAGACAGGGCUAUACGGGUAUGUCUUUUGGAUAACCUACCAUUAAUGAUCGACAGGCUAUCACAAAAGGUGGUCAACGACAAGAUAUUUCCCAACAUGGUCUCCGGGUUUACGGAUCUUGCGCCUGUCGUACGAGAACAGACACUAAAGUCGGUCCUCGUAAUUAUUACCAAAUUGUCGGACCGUACGAUCAACGGGGAAUUGCUAAAAUAUCUAGCCAAGACGGCAAACGACGAACAACCCGGCAUCAGAACAAACACUACCAUCUGCCUUGGCAAGAUUGCCAAGAAUCUCGGGGCCUCGUCGAGAACUAAAGUGUUAAUAGCCGCCUUUACUCGGUCGCUUAGGGAUCCAUUUGUCCACGCGCGAAACGCCGCGCUCAUGGCUUUAUCAGCCACUGGUGAAUAUUUCACGGAGGAAGACUGCGCGACAAAAAUCCUACCAGUUAUCUGCCCAUCCCUAAUCGACAAGGAGAAGUUAGUCCGGGACCAAGCAAACAAGGCCAUGGAUAUUUACCUCCAACGGAUCCGCAAAGCCGCCGCCGCUAUGCCAGAUACAGUACAACCGCCGCCCCAGACAACCGAAGGCGCCGGGCCCCGCAUGAGCACCCCGCAACCUAGCGAAGCAUCCUCAUGGGCCGGAUGGGCCAUCUCAUCCUUCACGAACAAGCUCUCCGCCGCAUCAGGCGAAAUGCAAACCGCCGCUCUCGAGGCAACCAACAACAACAACAACAACAACAACAACAACAAAAACAGCAAUCCCAAAGCCCCGCGCGCCAUCUCCCGAUCCGCCUCCCCCGAAUCUGCUCCCCGCUUCCACUCCACCUCUUCGGCCUCUGCGCUCCAACGACAAGCCCUCAAGUCACCCUCCCCCGCAGCUGAAGCUUAUUUCAAGGACCCCACCCCGGUAGAUGAUGGAGGCGACGCAUGGGGCGAUAUGGGCGACAUGGACGACGACGGAAACGCUUUCUUCGACGCAUCUAGCGAGCCCGCCAAACAAGCUACCAAGAAAGAACCCACUACCACAGCUCAACCCUUCGACGACGGCGCCGAACCCGAUUUCGCAGGGUGGCUAGCCGCGCAAUCGCAGAAAAAGAGCGGUCUUGGUGGGGGUAAAGCUAAACCCCUACCUAAGGGUCUAAAUAAGGCGAAUGGCAAGGGAGCCACUGCGACCGGAGCGCCGAAGAAGACGUUGCCGACGAGGACAAUGUCGAAGACGGUGGUGCCAAAGAAGAUCGAUACUAAGCCCAAGGAGACGGAUGAUGAUGAUGGGUGGGGUGAUGGGUGGUAAGGCAGAGGGAGCAGGUGAUAGGGUUCAAAUGGGGAGGGCAUUAGCGUAUGGCGUAUGGAGUAUCAAGCUGAGAAUUAAGGUUUUUGUAUAGAUAUUAAGCAUUAAACAUUUUUUAGCUUCUGGUGCUUGAUCUAUGUAGUUUUAAGGGAUAAUUAUGGUAGAUGUAUGAGAAUC